GCAAGAACCAUGAGGGAAACGGAGAGCUCCAAGUAGUAUCCACGUAGCAUGUGAAAAAGAAAAAGAAAGAGCUAGUUGAGACGACGGCGUUUCAUAAUUUAGGGAGGAGUUUAUAGUUAUACUAUCUCAUCAUCUACGAACAAGAAUAUAAAAAUUGCCAUUUUUUGAGAACAUUCAUUCAGAGGUAAAAAAAUGCAGUCCUCUUCCGCAUCCUCGCGACCGUCGUCGUCGCGUCCUGCUAGCAGUCGGUCUGCUACGUCGACCGGUACGUCAAAUACAGGCUCGAAGAGCGGUUCUCAAAAUGUCAUCCUAAAGGGAAAGGACUUGGAGGCCUUUAAGUUACGAUGAUAUCAAAAUCGGCAGAAGCAUUAGGUACUACUAGCAAAAAAUCAGGGUCCAUUAUGCUCCUGGAGUGGGUACAUUCAUUCAUUCAUUCAUUCAUUCAUACUGGUAAGUUGCGCGACUCGGUAGGAGCAUACUCGAUGAAAAUAAGAGCAAGAAGAUGUACAACUAAGAUGAAGCAGUACAAGAUAGGUUGGACUUGACCGUUAUAGUCGAGGUACACCUACUUACACUUGUUGUUGAUUUCUAGUCUGCUAAGAUCAUUCCCUUGAUAGACUCCUUCCUGAGUUCUUCACUAUAGUAUGUCACUUCUGCAGCUAUAGGCUGUUGCUGUCAAGGGAUAGCGCCUUAUCUUAUUUGAAAACUUAAGUUCUUAUUCUUUAAGAAGAUCCCUCUUUCUGCUCGACGUCAUCAAUAAUGCAGAUGGUAACCUAGUAUCUUUUCAUAUUCCGUCCGUACAUCGUACCUAAGCGGCUCGUUAUUCGUUACUCCUGGACCUAGUAUCUUUUCAUAUUCCGUCCGCACAUCGUACCUAAGCGGCUCGUUAUUCGUCGCUCCUAGACCUAGUAUCUUUUCAUAUUCCGUCCGCACAUCGUACCUAAGCGGCUCGUUAUUCGUCUAUGGGCAUUGGCAGUCGAACGAUGUUCUGAGGGCGCUGUUUGACCGGAUUCCGGAUAAGGAGAUGGCUCUACUAUUAAACGACAACGUUUAUGGGCCUUACGUAGCGCGUGACAGUGGGGAUCCAGCGCUGACGACGCUGAAUAUCCCUUUUUUAUGGAGUGAUUUGGUGUUAGGUAUCUUCCGGUGACACGGAAGAGAAGAGUUGGCACUCUCUCAUUUGUAUCUGUAAUUUAGUCCAGUUGCCGGCGUUCUUUCAAGAAUUCUACCAAUAAUUUUUACAGUUGCAGCUAUACCAGUAAUCUAAAUAUACUCCUGUUCCACAUGGUCUAUUAACAUUUUCCUACCCUUCUCUUUUUCCUCCUCCCCUUCCCGCUUCAUACCCCGCCGUUCCAGCAGCCGAAGAUCCAGUGAUAUUAGGACAGCUGAUCACGGGUUUGACGGCUAAGGAGCUUAUUUUGCUGUCAGCAACGAUGGAUGAUGAGUUCGUCGUGAAGAGUGUAGAGGUAGAACGGAUCUACGAUGGUGAAAUUCUGACAACAAUAUGCUACAUCUACCGAGAGGAAUUCGCGCCGUUUAUGUUGACACCGGUGAAGUUUAUGGCCCCAUUCUGAACGAGUUUAUAAACAAGUUCAAAGUCUGAAGUGAAGUGAUAGAAAUAGAGGAUGCAGUGUAUCCAUCCAAGCUGAAGUGAAGUGAUAAAAAUAGAGGAUGCAGUGUAUCCACCCAAGUUCGAUUUUAGUAAGCGCUCUUCGUUUACUACUCGUAGUUCACUUGGAACUACGACCUACACUUUGCCCAAGUACACCAUCACUAAGCCAGUCGUAGUGGCUAUUUUUUUGUGUUUGUUGCCAUCGACAAGUAUGAAAGCCGUAGACCACUUAAACACUAUUGGUUUGCCUUUGUUGCUCGUAGUAAACGAAGACGAGUAGUAAACGAAGACGAGUUCCCAGCUUUUCGUUUGCCUUUGUUGCUCGUAGUUCCUAAGUCGGCUUUCAUCACUUGGAACUGCGAACUACACUUUGCCUACUCGUAGUUUAGAUUGACGCUUUCAUCACUUGGAACUACGAACUACACUUUGCCGCAUUGGAGCCAGUGGUGGAGCGGGUGUGCCUGUAUUCGCGAGAAGUGCGACGCGAGAACGAGUUAACGUACACGAUUAUGAAAUUAGAGGUGAUGAGGAGCUACUUGGUCUGUUACAUGAUGUUAAUGUUUGCUUAAGAGGUAUUUGGUAUUCAGUAGAAGUUGUUGAACCUCGAAUAGUUAAUGCGUAGACGAUUUCUUUGUUCGUUUAGGAAUCAUCCAAAAGCUAGUGGAGGGUUUUCUCUUUUUCUUUCUAAAUUGUGCUGUACAGAGAAACUCCACAUGCUUCCUCUCUCUAACAACACUUCUCAUGAGUUUGAAGAGGAGGAUGUGCGCGCAGCGGUGCGGCUGAUUCAGUAUAAGAAGGAGACAAACAAAAACUACAUGGGUCAAGCCUUUGUAGAUCGCACUCCAACUCUGAUCCGGUAUGACGAUUUCUAAGAUUGUAGACUUGUGGUCAUGAUCUGUCUUCGGAAAGAACUUGGCUAAUCUUUGCUGGCUGGUAC